CAAAUAGGGUAAGGUGCUCUAAGAGUGCGAGGUCUAUAUGAGGGCGCACCUUACGUCACACGAGUCCAAUAAGCCAUCUGUAGCUAACUUCAGUUGUAUUUUGGUGCUCUAGUGAACCGGUGCGCGCUGCCGAAAAAUAAUCGAAAUUCAUGGAAAAACGUGGAUUCCAGUAUGUCUACGAAAAAGAGAAAGACUGAGCGAAAGAAUUGUCCAGCCGAUGUACUUGAAGAAGCUCGGAAGCUCAUAGAAAAAGGUCAGUCAAAAAGAUCAGUCGCCGAGGCUUUUGGUAUGCCAGAAUCAUCGUUGAGAAAACGUCUGAAGAGAGGUGAACCUGCUACUAAAUUGGGUAGAUACGAAACAACAUUUACGGAACAAAUUGAAGAAGACUUCUGUAAUUAUUUGAAACUUCUAGAUGAUAUGUACUUUGGCUUGACAGCAAAACGUUUGAGAGAGUUAGCUUUUGAAUUCGCCGUCGCGAAUAAUAUUCCACAUAGGUUUAACACAGACACAAAAUUAGCAGGCAAGGGAUGGUUAAGAGGGUUUCGAAGCCGUCAUCCAGAAAUAUCGUUGAGACAACCAACGUCAACUAGCAUUGCUCGUGCUAUGGCGUUUAACCGGCCACAAGUUGAGCGGUUUUACAUCAAUCUUAUGGUGUUGCAAGAUAGAUACAAUUUUCCGCCCCACCGUAUUUUUAAUAUGGACGAGACUGGCUUCACCACUGUGCCUAAUAAACCUUCAAAAGUUUUGAGCACAAAAGGAAAACGGUCAGUGAGUAAAAUAUCUAGUGCAGAGAGGGGAGUCAACAUUACAGCCGUGAAUGCUAUGAGUGCAUCGGGUGUUUAUGUCCCACCAGCAUUUAUAUUUAAGCGCAAAAGAAUGAAGCCCGAGCUUUUAGAUGGCGCACCAGCUGGGUCCAUCGGUAUGAUAUCCGACUCCAGUUAUAUAAAUUCGGAUCUUUUUCUGGAUUGGUUGUCACAUUUCAAAGAUUAUACAAAGCCAACGAAAGAAAACCCAGUAUUACUAAUUUUGGACAACCAUGUGUCACAUUGCACGAUUAGAGCUAUUAAUUUUUAUCGUGACAACCACAUCCACGUAUUGACUUUGCCUCCUCAUACUAGUCACAAAAUCCAACCACUUGACUGUGGAUUCCACACAGUCUUGAAAAAAUACUAUGCCAAUGAAUGCGAAAAAUGGCUGCGCAACCAUCCCGGUAGGGCGAUCACUGUUUUCCAAAUGGUGGCAAUUUUUUCCCCUGCUUACCUCAAAGCUGCAACUUUAGCGUGCGCAGUUCAGUGCUUCAAAGUCACUGGUAUAGUGCCUUACGACCCAGAUGUCUUUACUGACGCAGAUUAUUUAGCAAGCUCAGUAACUGAAAGAAAACGAGGUGAUGAUAACGCUGAAAGUGCCACUGAUGUGCCAUUAGUCGAUUCUGGAGCAUCGAUUGUAUCAGAGGCAAUACCACAAACCUCACGCAGCCCCUUAAUGGAUUUAACAAAUGUGGGAGGUCCUACAAACUCAUCAGUGAUUUCAACCGAACAUUCGGCUGCAAACGAAUCACCAAUGCAGCCAACUGAAGUCUCUUCACAUAAUACAAAUUCUGCUACAACUGGAAAGCCCAAAACAAUAAUGGAUAUUUGUCCCAUCCCCAAGGCCCAGCCAAGACCAGUCUCUCAACGAAAACACAAAAAAUCUGACAUAAUUAGUAGUUCACCGUAUAAAAUUGAAAUCGAAAAGCAAGAAGCACAAAAGAAACCUAAAACUAAACUGAAAAUUGACAUACAACGUCCUCAAACUUCAAAGACGCAAACUUCAAAAGCCAAAAAAGUGAAAAAAGACUUCAAAAAACCAAAGAAAACCCCCAAAAAAAAAAUUUGGAAAUGUGGUGGCUGCCGAGAGGUAUACAAAGAACCCAUCAUAGAAGACUGGAUAGAGUGCGAUAAGUGUAAAGAAUGGUGGCAUGAAAAAUGCACAGCCUAUUUAGGCCUAGGAUCUUAUGAGUGUGACGUAUGCACUCAUAAAUAAAAUGCGCACUCUUUGCAACCCUGCGCGCACUCUUGUGCAACCCUGCGCGCACUCUUAUACGUUAUACGUUGUAAGAGUGCGCAUUGGUUAUUUUUUUUUUACUUUGUAUUUGUGCCAAAAUUAUGGACAUUAUAAUUAAUGCGUGUAUGCUGAUUUGUUACUGAGAGAUAAGAGUUACUGAUAAAUAAAGUUGAUUUUCCUAGC